UUCCACGCAGUGCACUUCUCAUCUCGGACGCCAUGGCGCUGCUUACCACGAGUGCGCCAGUCAACUACAGCGAGCAGGAAGCUGCCUUUGUUGACUUUCUCAAAAACUACAAAUCCACCUCGGCCGAAGCUGCAGACCAGCUCGAGGGGCUCAACCUUUCCGGCAAUGACGACGACGACGAGGAUGACAUGGUCGAUGACGAACAAGACCCCGCCCACGCGGGCACCAAGUCCAAGCUGAAGUACAUGGUCCAGCUGCAGGAAGUCGCAAAUCGCAUGCGGGACGAGAUCCAGAUAGACCUCAACGAUGUCGAGGCUUACGAGAAAGCAACUUCCGACGACGAGCACAACCUGAGGUUGAUCGAGUCCAUCGAGCGCAAUGCGCAUCACUACAUUGACAUCUUUUCGCGCGCAGUCGACCAGUGUCUUCCGGCGCCCACGAGAGAACUAAACUUCAAAGACGACGUGCUCGACGUGAUCAUGACACAGCGCUCCAAGCGCAACGAGAGGAUGCAGGAGCUACAGGGCGUCGACGACAUCACCCAGGCUGCCCCAGAGUCCAUGUUUCCCCCGGCCUUGACGCGACGCUAUACCCUGAACUUCAAGCCCAGAGUCCCAUCUGGCUCCAGCAGCCAGCGCAGUAUGAAGGCCCUCGCCGUCCGGAACGUGCGCGGAGAGCACCUGGGCCACCUCAUCACAGUCCGCGGUAUUGCAACAAGGGUCUCGGAUGUCAAGCCUGCAGUACAAGUCAACGCCUACUCGUGCGACCGCUGCGGUGGCGAAGCCUUCCAGCCCGUGACAACGAAGCAGUUCACCCCACUUGUAGAGUGUCCUUCGGAAGAGUGCAAGAGCAACAAGACCAAGGGCCAGCUGUUCUUGUCUACCCGUGCUUCCAAAUUCCUGCCUUUCCAGGAAGUCAAGAUUCAAGAAAUGGCCGACCAGGUGCCCGUCGGCCAUAUUCCUCGACAGCUCACCAUCCACUGCCACGGCGCUUUGGUUCGCCAGAUUAACCCCGGAGAUGUCAUUGAUUGCACGGGUAUUUUCCUGCCAACCCCCUACACUGGGUUCAAGGCGAUCCGCGCAGGUCUUCUUACCGAUACCUACCUCGAAGCACAAUACGUCUUGCAGCACAAGAAGGCCUACGACGACAUUGUGCUUGCCCAGCCUACUCUGCGAAGAAUGAACGAGCUCGAGAGGACCGGCCAGCUAUACGAAUACCUCUCGCGAUCCAUUGCGCCUGAGAUUUUUGGCCAUGUCGAUGUCAAAAAGGCGCUUCUUCUCCAACUCAUUGGCGGUGUUACGAAAGAGGUGGGAGACGGUAUGCGCAUCCGUGGUGAUAUCAACGUCUGUCUCAUGGGUGAUCCCGGUGUGGCCAAGUCCCAGUUGCUCAAAUACAUCACCAAGGUUGCGCCUCGCGGUGUCUACACGACUGGCCGUGGUAGCAGUGGUGUUGGUCUUACGGCUGCCGUCAUGCGCGACCCGGUAACAGACGAGAUGGUUCUCGAGGGAGGUGCUCUUGUCUUGUCCGACAAUGGCAUGUGCUGCAUUGAUGAGUUUGACAAGAUGGACGACAGCGACCGAACAGCCAUCCACGAAGUCAUGGAGCAACAGACCAUCUCCAUCAGCAAGGCUGGCAUCACGACGACGCUCAACGCUCGCACGUCGAUUCUUGCAGCCGCCAACCCGCUGUACGGCCGCUACAACCCGCGCCUGUCGCCGAUUGAGAACAUCAACCUCCCAGCCGCCCUUCUGUCUCGUUUUGACGUUCUUUUCCUCAUCCUAGAUACCCCCGCCCGCGACUCUGACGAAGAGCUCGCCCGCCACGUCACGCACGUCCACAUGCACAACGCGCACCCUGAAGCGCCUGGGGGCAUCAUCUUCAGCCCUGCCGAGGUACGACAGUGGGUUGCGCGUGCUAGGUCCUACCGACCAACUGUGCCCAAGGAGGUGGCAGACUACAUGGUGGGCGCCUACGUGCGCAUGCGACAGCAACAGAAGCGUGACGACGGCAACAAGAAGGCCUUUACGCACACGUCACCGCGUACGCUCCUGGGUGUGCUCCGCCUUGCCCAAGCUUUGGCACGUCUGCGAUUUGCUGAACAGGUCAUCUCGGAAGAUGUCGACGAGGCUCUCCGUCUUGUAGAGGUCAGCAAGGCCAGUCUCUACGCCGACGAGAACCGCCGGGACGACCAUACUCCUAGCAGCAAGAUCUACCACCUCAUCAAGUCCAUGGAGGCCAGUGGUGCUGCGGCUGUGGGUGAUGGCACCAGGGGUGAGCUCGAUCUCCGCAGAGUCCGAGAAAGAGUGCUGGCCAAGGGUUUCACCGCGGACCAAUUCGAAUCGGCCAUUGACGAAUACGCCAUGCUCGAUGUCUGGCAAACUACCGGAGAGGGAACACGGCUUGUCUUCAUCGAGGCUGGCAUGGAAGACGAAGACAUGGAUGCCGACAAUGACUUCUAGAUUACGCGUAAAGGAAAACGGUGGCAGCGCAAAUGGGAGUUUCUGG